GUGACUCAACCCGGUUCUAAAACAAGUAGCCUCGAGAUUCAGUUUUCCUCGGCAAAUGAUCCGGCCAGCUCUGUUGAUCGCUCUAAAGCCCAAAAGCCAAAAAUAGGGCCGUCGUCUGGAUCCAACUUCCCCUACCGUGUUAGCACAGUAGACCAACCUUCCAUCUCACGUGUCGAAGGCCGAAAGAACCGCACGCUUGUGCGCCGUCGCGCCGCCCUAAAUGCUACCCCAGUGGCCUAUGCCAUCGUUCGCGAGGGAAAGUCGCCGGUUCGGCGGUUCAUAGUAAAACAGAUCAUGUAUUCCAUAGUGUCUCUAGUGUCAAGGAAUUCGAAUCUCCUAGUUCAAGGGCUCAUGAAUGAGGAAUGUCUCUUGGAUGUUAGCGAGCUGAACUAUUCCCUUGUUUUUUUUUUUUAA